AACGGGGGUGGGGCGCUCGGAGGGGACUCAGUGCGCAUGCCCCAGGAGGCGAGGCGGGCAGCCACCGGCAGAGGAGUCAUGGUCAGCGUGAAGGUGGAGGAGGGGACCUCAGACAGGAUGCAACCCACCAGGGCACUGGAGGAACCUGGUGAUUCCUUGCUGGAGCAGCCAUGGGCCCGACCUGCAGACAUGUCUCUGGAGGAGGCUGAACAGAGGGACAGUCCAGGGCUUCAGGACCGGCUACCUCGUGGUUGCACAGAGGAGCCCCCGCCUGACCCGAAAUCAGGUGCAGGGGCCCAGAGCAGAGCUCAUCAGCAGCCUCCUGAAGAAGGGCCUGUAAACCUGGAGCUGCUGAAGACUUCCCCAAGAAGGCCAUGGGAGAGGGGCUCCCUGAACCCUGAGCGGGGCCAGCUGCAGAAGGGGCAGGGCAGGCCGGCAAGGCAGGGGGAGAGCAUGGAGCUCCGGGAGGCCUUUGAAGACGUGGCUGUGUACUUCACGCGGGAGGAGUGGGAGCUGCUGGAGGAUGCACAGAAGGGGCUGUACCGGGACCAGAUGCUGAGCAACUGCCGAGCCCUCGUUUUCCUGGGGUAUCAAGGUCCGACACCCGACUUAAUCUGCCACAUCCAGCAAGGACAGGAGGAGCUCUGGGUCUGUGAUGAUGGGGACCGUGAGGACAUCUCCAGGUUGCAGGACCUGUUGCUAGAAGGCGCCUGGCUGCUGAGCAGAGCGGAGGAACAGAGUUGUGAAGAAGGGCCUGGAAACAUGGAGCCAGCCCGGACUUCAUCUGGGAGUUUGGGAGGCACCUGGCUGCUGAGCAGAGUGGAGGAACAGAGUCCUGAGGCAGGGCCAGCAAACCUGGAGCCAGCCCAGACUUCCCCAGGGAUUUUUGGCAACAAGGAGUCCCUGAGACCUGAUGAAGACCAAUGGCCCCAGAGCCAGGGGAGACCCCAGCAGCAGAGGGAGAAGACAGCAGGGAAGCAGGCGCCAUCUCCCCUGAGGUGUGAGAGGAGAGAAGGUAGAGAGAGCUCUGGGUGCAGGGAAGGAUUUGUGGCACUGAAGUGCCAUGAGGGAAAGUUGCACUGGAGAGAGACCCUGCAUCUGAGCCAUGCCAGUGGGGAGGGCCUCAGAGGGAAGCUGGAGCUCCCUGCCAAGCCCAGGGGCAAAGCACACCCCUUCCCUGAGUACCAGAAAAGCUUUACCUACCCCUCACUCUUGACUCUGCAAAAGAGAAGCCACGCUGGGGAGAAGCUUCACUUAUGCGCCAAGUGCGGGAAGGGCUUCACCUGCCUCUCGACCCUAGCUACUCACCACAAAAUCCAUUGUGGAGAGCACCCCCACCACUUUACCAGAAGUAGGAAGAGCUCUGCAUGCCCCUCAGACCUAGGCAAACACCACCCUACGCACAGGGUGAAGCGUCACUAUUGCUGUGUCACGUGCGGUAAGACCUUCACCCAUUCCUUAUCCCUGGCUCAGCACCAGUGCCUCCAUCCAGGGAAGAAGCCACAUCAGUGCCCUGAGUGUGGGAAGAGCUUCACCCACUCCUCCAGCCUGGCCUAUCACCAGCGCAUUCACACAGGGGAGAAGCCACAUCAGUGUUCCAAGUGUGGAAAGAGAUUCCGUGGAUCCUCCAACCUGAUCGAACACCAGCGUGUCCACACAGGGGAGAAGCCAUAUCAGUGCUCUGAGUGUGGGAAGAGCUUCACCCAAUCCGCCAACCUGGCCCAGCACCAGCGCAUCCACAAAGGGGAGAAGCCACAUCAGUGCUCUGAGUGUGGGAAGAGCUUCACUCAGUCCUCCGGCCUGGCUUAUCACCAGCGCAUCCAUACAGGGGAGAAGCCACAUCAGUGCUCCGAAUGUGGGAAGAGAUUCCGUGGAUCCUCCAGCCUGAUUGAACAUCAGCGCAUCCACACAGAGGAGAAGCCAUAUCAGUGCUCUGAGUGUGGCAAGAAGUUCAGCGAAUCCUCCGGUCUGACUAAACACCAGCGCAUCCACACAGGGGAGAAGCCGUAUCAGUGCUCAGAGUGUGGCAAGAAGUUCAGUGAAUCCUCCAACCUGACUAAGCACCUGCGCAUCCACAAAGGAGAGAAGCCACAUCAGUGCUCUGAGUGUGGCAAGAGCUUCACCUACUUCUCCAGCCUGGCUUAUCACCAGCGCGUUCACACAAGGGAGAGGCCAUGUCAAUGUUCUGAGUGUGGGAAGGGAUUCACCCACUCCUUUGGCCUGGCUUAUGACUGGCGCAUUCACACAGGAGAGAAGCCACAUCAGUGCUCUGAGUGCAGGAAGAGAUUCCAUGGAUCCUCCAGCCUGACUGAACACCAGCGCAUCCACACAGGGGAGAAGCCACAUUGUUGCUCUGUGUGUUGGAAGUCCUUUGCAAAAUCCACUAAUCUGGCUAGACACCAACGCAUCCACACAGAGGAGAAGCCAUAUCAGUGCUCUGAAUGUGGAAAGAGCUUCACCCUGUCCUCCUACUUGGCCAAACACCAACGCAUCCACAGAGGGGAGAAGUCAUAACAAUGAUCUGAGUGUAGCCAGAGAUUCACCCAAUCCUCCCACUGGGCCAGGCACCAACACAUGCACACAGGUGAUUAACCACAUCAAUAAUCUGAGUGUGGGCUGAGCUUCACCUGCUUCUCCAGCCUGGCCCAGCACCAGCGCAUUCACGCAGGGGAGAAGCCACAUCAGUGCUCUGAGUGUGGAUAUCUGGCUAAAUCCUAGCUUCCACUGCAUCUAGUGGUCAAGAAUCCCACACUUUAGUUCCAUACUUGGUGUAAAAACAUUUCCAUUCAUUAGCUUUCAGCCGAUGAGCUGCUCAUUUCCUGUUGCAACCCCUCGUUCUUGUCUGGGGAGACAGUAAACAAUAAAUCCUUGUGGGCUUUU